AUGGCAGGCAAAGAUGGCGGCAAGGUCACGACUGUUCUGGCCACAGCAGGGCAGGGGUCAGACCGCCCACAGGAGGUCAGCUAUUCGGAUGCUAAGGUCAUUGGAAAUGGCUCGUUUGGUGUGGUGUACCAGGCGAAGCUGGUGGAAUCAGGCGAGUUGGUUGCAAUCAAGAAAGUCUUACAAGACAAACGCUUCAAAAACCGUGAACUGCAGAUCAUGCGGAAGCUAGAACACCAGAAUAUAGUCAAGUUGAAGUAUUUCUUUUAUUCAUCAGGUGAAAAGAAAGAUGAGGUGUUCCUCAACCUUGUGCUGGAGUAUGUCCCGGAGACUGUCUACCGUGUCGCCAGGCAUUACAGUAAAUCCAAACAAACUAUACCCAUCAUUUUCAUUAAGCUGUACAUGUACCAGCUGUUCCGCAGCCUCGCCUACAUCCACUCCCAGGGGGUCUGCCACAGGGACAUCAAGCCUCAGAACCUCUUACUGGACCCAGACUCGGGAGUGUUGAAACUCUGUGAUUUUGGAAGUGCAAAAGUAUUAGUCCGAGGGGAGCCAAACGUGUCCUACAUCUGCUCUCGUUAUUACAGAGCACCGGAGCUUAUCUUUGGUGCCACUGAUUACACUUGCCAGAUUGAUGUGUGGUCAGCUGGCUGUGUCCUGGCAGAGUUGCUACUGGGUCAGCCCAUUUUCCCUGGGGAUAGCGGCGUAGACCAGCUGGUGGAGAUUAUCAAAGUUCUAGGGACACCCACUCGUGAGCAGAUUCGAGAGAUGAAUCCCAACUAUUCCGAGUUCAAGUUUCCACAAAUAAAAGCUCAUCCCUGGUCAAAGGUGUUUCGCCCACGGACACCGUCGGAUGCCAUCUUGUUGGUGAGUCGACUACUAGAAUACACCCCGUCAGGACGCAUGACACCCUUGGAGGCCUGUGCCCACACAUUCUUUGAUGAGCUUCGGGAUCCGAACACACGACUGCCCAGUGGCCGGGACCUGCCACCACUGUUCAACUUCACCCCCACUGAACUCGCCAUAGCACCCACGCUCAACUCUCUUCUGAUCCCAUCUCACAUCAAAACAACCAGUGUGGAUGCAGCCAGCGCCAGCUCUAACACCAUCGCUACCAGCUCCAGCGUGGCCCACUCAAAUAACAAUGCCCUGGACAACACCGCUGCCUCUCAGGGAGUCGUUGCCGCGGAUACAGAAACUGGAUAA